UUGUGUGUGUGGCUGUAAUUCUCCUCUGUCUCCUCAUAUGAACUGGAGCAAACAACUUGUGCAGAGUUUUGGAUCUCCUCCUCCUCUUCCUCCUCCUCCUCCUCCUCCUCAUUUGGCUUCGCCUUCUCUUUUACCUGAACAAACAACCCUCUUUUGCUUAUUGGAGCACAUUGUGCUCUGCUCUCAGUGUGAGGAUACUUAGUGCUCAUGCAGGCUGUACAUCAGGACUGUGUGGAGUCAGAGAGUGAAAGCUGUGCUGACAGUGUGAGCAGCGUUUACUGUCUCUGUAUUGACAGGCGGCUCACUGGGGCUGUGGGCUUUGGAGGAGGAUGAGAGGGAGAUGAGGCAAAUCUCUGCUUGAGGGAACCAGGAUGGUAACAGCAUCAGCGAUAAUGAUCCAAAUCUGCAUGUGAGGAAGGAGAUCAUCUUGAACAAGUGAGCCAGAUUUAAGGCUUACGCUUUGUGUUCUGUUGUGGCUUCUUUUAUCUUCAGCCAAGUGGAUGAUUCAGAGAGUCCAUGCCAAUCUACAGAGCAAAGAACAGAACCCUAAUUAACACCAGACAAUCUGACCGCAGCAGCAGGCAGCGAGAGGAGUGAUCAUGAGGCUGAUAUGGAAGUCCAUGGACAAGAUGAGGUGUUUCAGGAAACGAUCCAUGUUCCCAUUCCUCGGCUUCUUCGUCACCUUUCUGCUCUUCUUUAACCUGUACAUGGAUGGUGGAUAUGUUCUGGAGGCUGAAAAAAGACAACUGGGGGAGACACUGAUGCAUCCUGCAAAUUCUGAAAGAUAUGUCCACACAUUUAGAGACUUAUCCAAUUUCUCUGGGACCAUCAAUGUGACAUAUCGAUAUCUUGCAGGGAUUCCUCUGACACGCAAAAAGUAUCUGACCAUUGGUCUGUCAUCUGUCAAGAGGAAAAAGGGAAAUUAUCUUCUAGAAACCAUCAAAUCCAUAUUUGAUCAGUCCAGUUAUGAGGAACUUAAAGAGAUUGUGGUCGUGGUCCACCUUGCAGACUUUGACCUGGUCUGGUGUGAGAACCUGGUGCAGGAAAUCACCAGGAAAUUUGCUCACCACAUCAUUGCCGGACGCCUCCUGGUGAUCCAGGCUCUAGAGGAGUAUUAUCCAUCUCUUGAUGGGUUAAAAAGGAACUACAAUGACCCAGAGGACAGGGUUCGUUUCCGCUCUAAGCAGAAUGUUGACUACGCUUUCCUCCUCAACUUCUGCACAAACCUCUCUCACUUCUACAUGAUGUUAGAGGAUGAUGUGCGCUGCUCCAGGAACUUCCUGACAGCGCUGAAGAAGGUGAUCACCUCCAGAGAGGGCUCCUAUUGGGUGAUGCUGGAGUUUUCCAAGCUGGGCUACAUCGGCAAGCUGUAUCACUCCAGAGACCUUCCACGUCUGGCUCAUUUCCUGCUCAUGUUCUACCAGGAAAUGCCCUGUGACUGGCUCCUCAUCCAUUUCAGAGGGCUGCUCGCUCAGAAGGAUGUGAUCCGCUUCAAGCCCUCACUUUUCCAGCACAUGGGUUACUACUCUUCCUACAAAGGAGCAGAGAACAAACUGAAGGAUGACGACUUUGAGGAAGACUCCAUAGACAUUCCUGACAACCCCCCUGCCAGCCUUUACACAAACAUAAAUGUUUUUGAAAACUAUGAUGCCACAAAGGCUUACAGUAGUAUAGCUGAUGAAUAUUUCUGGGGGAAACCCCCCUGCACUGGAGAUUUCUUUAUCAUUAUCUUCAGUAAACCAACUAAAAUCAGCAGAAUUAAAAUUGUCACAGGUACAGACGAUCGGCAGAAUGACAUUCUUCAUCACGGAGCUCUGGAGGUGGGCCAGAGAUCUGUGGAAACUAAGCAUGGAAGGCAGUGUACAUCCUACAUAACAUUAGGGGAGUUUAAAGGUGGAAACAUUGAGGUUAACAACGUGGACCAUAAGAUUGGCUUUGACAUUGAGUGUGUUCGAAUAGUAGUUACUGCCAAUCAGAAAGAAUGGCUCAUCAUCAGAACUAUCAGUUUAUGGACCACACAGGCAGUAAGCCAAUUAAAGAAGUAACAGAGAACAUUUGUAAUUUGUAAUUUAAAAAAAAUGUACAGUUUUAUUAAUGAAUGCAGCAACUUCAAGUUCUAUUUGUACUGCUGUGAUUCACCAAAUUCAAAACAAUCCAUAUUUUCUUGGGUUGUUCAUUGAUCUUCUCUAUAUGUUUUCAAUGGAAUGUAUCAAAAUGACCAGAAUGUACAGUGUAAAGUCUUUAUAUACAGUAAGUAUGCUUGUUUUCAGAAAAUCUGGAUAUUAAAAUUGUUCAUACCUGGCUUGUAGCAUUUCUCCUUUUUUCUAAGCAUUUAAAGGAAAAUGCCGCAGGAUUAAAGCUAUAAACCACAAAUCAUCAUUCAUAAAUGUCUCUUGACAGUGGCAGAUUUUUCAGGACUUGUUCAGCACCCACACAUUCAUGUAUGCAGCCAGGCUCAGUUAAUGGAUAGCAGCCUUUCAUACUGUUUCUAAAUUUAAAAUUGAAUGACGUGGACUCGGGGCCACACGGUGGGUGUAGUGGUAAGCACUCUUGCAGCGAGAAGACCCGGGCUCGAGCCCCGGUUGGAACAAGGGCCUUUCUGCAUGGAGUUUGCAUGUUCUCCCCGUGUGUGCGUGGGUUUUCUCCAGGUUCUCUGGCUUCCUCCCACAGUCCAAAAACAUGCAAUGUGGGGAUUAGGUGAAUUGGACACCCUAAAUUGACCAUAGGUGUGAGAGUGAGAGUGAAUGGUUGUUUGUCUCUAUGUGU